AUGUUCAGGGGCGCUUGGAUGUGGCCCGGGAAAGACGCCGCCGCGCUGACUAUCUGCUGCUGCUGCUGCUGCUGGGCUCCCAGGCCGAGCGACAAACCUUGCGCCGACUCCGAACGGGCGCAGCGAUGGCGACUGUCCCUAGCGUCCCUGCUCUUCUUCAUCGUGCUGCUCGCUGACCAUUUGUGGCUGUGUGCGGGGGCCCGGCCCCGGGCCGGGGAGCUGAGCAGCGCCAUGCGGCCGCCCUGGGGGGCCAGCGGUGAGCGGGAGCCGGUGCCUCCUAGCGCUGUGCUGCCUUUGCCGCCGCCGCCGCCUGGCGAACCCAGCGCGCCCCUGGGUACCUGCGGCCCCCGAUACAGCAACCUGACCAAAGCCGCCCCCGCCGCCGGCCGCGGGCCGGACUGCGGCGGCGUCUCCGAGCCCAUGGGGCUGGACGCAGCUUGCGCCAAAUUGCAAUAUUUGCAGAGACUUUUCGAACCGACUACCCCAGCCCCUCCUCUGCGGCCCCCCGACUCUCCUUCCCGUGCCCCGGCCGAGUUCCCCUCCGCCCAAAAAAACUUGCUCAAAGGCCACUUUCGGAACUUCACUCUCUCCUUUUGCGACACCUACACUGUCUGGGACUUGCUGCUGGGCAUGGACCGCCCUGACAGCCUGGACUGCAGCCUGGACACCCUGCUGGGAGACCUGCUGGCCGUGGUGGCCAGUCCGGGCUCCGGGGCCUGGGAGGCGUGUAGCAACUGUAUCGAGGCGUACCAGCGGCUGGACCGACAUGCUCAGGAAAAAUAUGACGAGUUCGACCUCGUGCUGCAUAAAUACUUACAAGCAGAAGAGUACUCAAUUCGGUCCUGCACGAAAGGUUGUAAGGCUGUCUACAAGGCCUGGCUGUGCUCAGAAUACUUCAGCGUGACCCAGCAGGAAUGCCGGCGCUGGGUGCCCUGCAAGCAAUACUGCCUGGAGGUGCAGACCCGGUGCCCCUUUAUACUCCCUGACAAUGAGGAAAUGGUGUACGGAGGGCUCCCUGGCUUUAUCUGUACAGGGUUGCUGGAUACUUCGCCAAAGCGGCCGGAAGCCAAGUGCUGUGACGUGCAGUGGGUCUCCUGUGAGUCGGAGAAGAAGAAGUUCAAGGAGUCUGAGGCUCCCAAAACCCACCACCAGCAAUUCCACCACUCCUAUUUCCACCACUAUCACCAACAGUACCACCACUACCACCCCCGCCAUGACCCCCCAGGCCGCAUCAGCCACAAGCCCUCCCUGUUGCCGGUCUCUGGAGGCUCCCGCCUCAGCCCCAGCAGGAUCCGGCUCUGUGUCCUUGUUCUCAUGCUCCUCCACACCAUGGUGUCCUUCUCCAGCAACCAGGAUGGUGGGGGACUGGGGCUGGAGGCACUGCCUGCCCUAGAAGAGGGCCUGACACGGGAAGAGUGA